GACGAUUUUGCCCUCCGAAUUAAAAAACACAUAUUACACUCUCUCCACCACCACCGCCGUCGCCCCCACCAGCAGAAAAUCUCUCUAUGCCCUAGCCUUCACCACAACCAUCUCCAACCGCCUCCAUAAAUUCCUCUCUCUAAUUCUCUCUGUUUCAUGUCAGAUUCCGAUUACAAAAACUCCCGACUCCGGCGCCGACGCAACAUUAAACCGAUCAAAGCCUCAACCUAACAAACCCUAAUCGACAAACCCUAACCGACACGACUUGCGCGGUUGAAGAAAUCGUAAAUUUUUUCUUUCGUGUAUAGGUGAACCCUACCGGCUCAUGCACCGCCGUCUGCGUCUGAUGUCACUGGACUGGUUUGCGCCGAUAGUGGUAGAACCGCCGUCGCCAUCACUGUAUUCGGUGAUUGAAAGUUCAGGACAAAUUAAUAAAUUCAAACAACAAUAUGCAAAUGCUGGGAUUAAGGUAUUUCAGAUGAGUGCAGCAGUGUUAAAGUCUCAAAUUUCACUCAGAAACUCAUAAACUGGUCCAGUUCUCAAGGAUAUUGCAUAGAAAUUGGAAAUGGAGUAUUGGAUUCCUGGUUUAUGCCCGUUAUGAAUCAGACAGCAAUUGCUUGCGAAAAGGUCAAGAACAUUAGUGAACUCAGUGAUGGUUACAACAUAGUCGCAAUUUCUCAGGGUAACUUGGUAGGUCGAGGGGUGGUUGAGUUUUGUGACGGAGCACCUCCUGUGAAGAAUUUCAUAUCAUUAGGAGGUCCUCAUGCUGGGGUAGCUGCUCCUCCUUGUUCUGAAGAAUCGGAGUGCAAGAUGUUGGAGGAUAUACUUGUGAAAUUUGGGGUUUACAGCAAAUUUGCACAGGAACACUUGGCACCUGCGGGUUUUAUUAAAAUUCCAACUGAAAUUGAAGAGUAUUUACAAGGAAGCAAAUUUCUUCCAAAGCUCAACAAUGAAAUCAGUAAUAGUAGACACUCUAUUUACAAGGAACGGUUCACUAGCUUGGAGAAUUUGGUGCUUAUCAUGUUUGAUCAAGACUCAGUUUUGAUACCUAAGGAAACCUCCUGGUUUGGGUAUUAUCGGGAAGGGUCUUUGGACACUGUUUUGCCUGCAAAUGAGACAACACUAUACACUGAAGAUUGGAUCGGUUUAAAAACGUUGGUUGAAGCCGGAAGCGUGAAAUUCAUAAAUGUUUCAGGAGGGCAUGUGGAUAUUUCUGACAAUGACAUGAAAAAAUAUAUAGUACCGUACAUCUGACGCUUCUUAGACCUUGCAAUGAUGGGAACCUUGUGCACUGGGUUUUGCCGUUUAUUUUUUACAUGAAUAUGUCUAAACCUCUCACAAUGGUGGAAUCAUCUUUCUGUAGUCUUGAGGUAAUGCAAGUCCAGUUCCUGUAAUUUCUCAAUACACCUCGCACUUGCGAGGAACGAUGUAUUACAUUUGUAAAUCUUCUCCAGUCUGGCUAGAUAAACUAGUCCCACAGGCAGGCCCUAUAUCUACAAGUAUGAAAUCAAAACUGAAAAAGUCUCACAAUAUGUAUACAUUUGAUGGGGUUUUUUAGAGCUUGCUUUGUUACAAACAAGUCAAGCGGCUAUAAAUAUGAUUUGCUUCAACUUGAGGACAUUUUCCUAGUCCUAAAUAUCCACUACACAU